UUCCGCUCCAUCCGCUGGGACGCCCGCGGGGAAGGGCUUCUGGUCGACCAGCCCCUUUUCGAGGCCGAGCUCCUCGGGGCGGCGGCGGCGGGAGGAGGAGGAGGCGGAGGGGGGCCCGGCGGCGAUGGGGCCGGAGGAGGAGGAGGGACCACCACCCCCGGGGCCUCCGCUGCCGCCGCCGCCUCGCCGGAGCUCUUCAAGACCACCAACUUCACCAGCUUCAUCCGGCAGCUCAACCUCUACGGCUUCCGGAAGGUGGUGCUGGGCCCGCCCGCCGGAGGAGGAGGAGGAGGCGGCGUCGGGGCCGGGGGCGGCCCGGUGCACCACUUCCACAGCCCCCACUUCCGCCGCGACCGGCCGGAGCUGCUGGUGCACCUGAAGCGCCUGACCAGCGCCAACAAGGCCAAGCUGGCCGCCGGCCUGGAGGUGACCAGCCGGCCGCCCAACCGCUUCCAGCGCCUCCUCUCCGCCUCCGCCUCGUCCCUGCAAGGCCCCGGCGGAGGAGGAGGAGCAGGAGAGGCCGCCCUCCUGGCCCAGCACCCCGGAGGCACCCUCAGCCCCGGCAACGCCACCACCGGCGGAGGCGGCGGCAGCAACCACCAUCACCACCACCCGCAGCAUCAUCAUCACAACAGCAACAACCUGGCAGGGCACGCCAAGAGCAACGACGCCAAGCCUGCGCCACUGACCUUAGGACAGUUUCACCGGUCUUUCCGACGAGACACUUUAUCUCCAUAUUCCUACCUGUCGCCCUCGUCUCACAGCCAAAAUAGCUUCCCGCUGAAAGGUUCAGAUCGGACUCCUCUUCCGCCCAGAACAUGGCAGAACUCCCUCGGGAUGCUCCCGGGGCAGGUGGAGGCGUCGGCUUUUUCAGACAAAGGGGUUCCGUUCCCUGUGCUCCAGAGGUUUCCGACGGAGGUCACUUACACCCUGCAGCCCAGCGCGACGUCAGUGCAUAUUCAACAAGGGCCGCCGGCCAUGGCCACCUCCUCCCAGAAAUACACCAGUUAUGCAGCGUCAAUGCCAUACUCCCAGGCUUACUACCCAACAGCUGUAUUACAGUGUUGUUCUCCACCUACCCAUAUGGAUCCCUUGAGCGGCUGUGGCAGCCCAGCAGCCUCCACCUAUACGCACUGCGGUUAUUUUCAGAACCCAGCAAUGCAGUCUUCCUACCCAGUGGAAUUUUUGCCUUCCAACUGGCCCUGCAGCGCCUCCGACGAAACCAAGAAGACCGAAGUCAACUUGGAGGCUGUCUUCCAGAUUGUUGACGAGAUGCACUCCUCCCCCAAGCUGGAAAUGGUCAAAGUGGAGCCCGUGGAGAGCCAGGGUCCAGCCUCCCAGUCAAACCGAGGCCAGCAGUUGCUGGUGAACGCGGGCCACAGCGACGCCCCUUCUUCAGGACAAGACAGCCACCUGGAGCCCCUGACCCCCGUGGGCUCAGAGAUCACCUCUUUCGUGGUCGAAUCCGACCAAGCAAUCUCUUGCUCCUUGCCGCAGUCCCCCGAGUUCAUCUACACGAUCCACACGGCGGAACCGGUGGAGAGCGCAGCGGCCCAAAUGGUGCCUCUCCCUGUCGCCUCCCAGCCGCCACCAGGAAAGCUGAAGGAGCAGCUGAACCUGCCUUCGGCCCAGGCUUCUGUGGUCUUUGUCCAGGAGGGACUUCCGUUCGGGCAGGCCCAGCAGGGCAUCAAGUGUCAGGCGAACCCACCCGAGGCCGUUGUAUCUUCAGAGCAAAUAGGUUUCUUCAUUUCGGAGGUGGGUCCUCUCGGCAAAUGUGCCAAGGAUUCGGUUUCAUCCGCCCAAACCAAAUGCCGAGAAAGAAGAAGUAAUUCACAGAAGGGCAAAUCCCCUGAUCUACAUCUGCUAGUGGAUGUGGCUUGCAAGCAAGAGCACUUUCCAAAAGAAGAAGAAUUAAGGGAGUGAGAACUCGGUGGAAAGUGUGCGCAAAGGCCGAUCCCCAGCCAGCCGGGGAACAGCAGGGCCGUUUACUCUUUGGGGGACAUUUCUGUUGUUAGUAACCGACUCUUUCCGUCUCUGCUUAUUUUUCUUUCCCAUGUACAUAGUCCCAUGGUUGUUUUCGCUCCAGCCUUUUUAGUAGGUUUAGAUUAUUUUACAGGUUAGUUUCAUCUGAUGUCAGAGCUUGCUUGCCCAAAGUACUUAGAAGCGUGGGGGGAGAGACAUGGCCUCUUGAUCACAAAAGUAAGUUCAAAUCCCUCGGGGAGUUUUCCCAACAGGAGGUUUCUUGUUUUGCACUGGAAUGUCUCCACCGGUUAAGCAGAAUCCCCCACCCACUCACCCCCCCCUACAUGUGUGCACAUUCUAUUUUUUGGAGCAUUUAAAAGAGGAAGGUUUUUCAUAAAAACAAACAAAGGCAUUGGGAAGUGAUGAAGAUCCCAGGUCCAAAUGGGUGAUCAGUUCAAAAGAGGACACCUUGAGGAAACUUAUUUUAGGUAAGAACGCUGAGAGUUUUAUUCUUCCUUAUGUUUGCAUCUUUUUACUGGCAAGUCCUGACCCACCUAUGAGAAAAGCAGCUGAAUAGUUUACGUUAAUGGAGCAUUCUUCUGUUUUAAUAAUUUCCUCAUUCUAUAGAGGCACUUUAAAACAAAGGUUAAGGUAUCUGUUAUUUUUCUAUAUUCCUUAGCUUGCAAAGCUAUUUUAACUAGUUCUAGAUAAUUGUAUUUAUUGACAAUAGAUUUUUAACGAGCCCCGUCUAUGCACUCAUAUAUUUAUUUAUUUAUGUUGUAAAGCUAUAUAUUGCACUAGAAUAUGUGUGAAUGGUACAGCGCACUGAGAAUGUGCUUCAAGCACCUUGGCUCAGAUUUUUAGAGCCUGCUUUCUGCAGAUGUGAAAAGUGUAGAAAGGAAUCGUUGGGAAAGCAGAUCUGUUAUCCCACUUGUAUAUCCUCCAUUCGGAGCUCAGUUAUAUUCACGAUCUCCCAGUAGGCCCUGUGAAUGGCAGGAUGAACCAAAGUCUGAUGAGCAAACUCUGCCAGAACCUCAUAUGUAGCAAAGCUCUCUGACCAGUAGUGUCGGAUCCUUUCCUUUAGAAAUGCCAUAGCCUGGGUCACCAAAUAUUCUGUAUAUUUUGAGAUGACCCCCUCCUCCAGUCAGUGUUGGUUUUUUUUUUUGCCCCAUUGGUCUGCUUAUCAAUCCCGUAUUAACCUUUGACAUGAGCGACCCAGUGGAAAAGAAAGCGCUAGCACAACAGAGACAUUUCGUCACGGAGUCUCUCUGAUGCCGAAUGUGGUUGAUAACAGGUGCGCUCAUAUGUUGUCCCGACCCAAAGCAGCUUAGGAAGAAAAGUUCGACAGCUGACUAACUAACGCUGAUCCAUAUUAGUCUUGCCGAUGAGGCUCAUUCUUUGUCAUUCUGUAGAACAAAUAUCUGUUAACAGUCCUUUCUGAAUAAUCAAUAAAGUAAGAACUUUCAUGUGGGCCUGGACUUUUAAGACUUGGUAAUGGUUGCAUUUAUGAUCUUUCCAUCUUUGUCGAGACUGUUUUUUAUUAUUAUUAUUUUUAAAAGAAGGCCAAGGAGCUGGUUCUCUUGCCAUAUUCACAGGCACAAUGUUUUUAACACUUCAGUAUUUAUAAGAUGGCCGAAGGUAUUUCCGCUAUCAGAAGAAAUCUAUAUAGUACUAUAUGAAAGUUGCCGACUCUCGGGGUAGAAGAGCCUUCUCAGUUUUAGCUCAAAUGUGUUUAGUCCAAUACCAAUAA